UUACAAGAACGACGGCGUACCUCCGGCGACAACCGUCGAGUUAAAAAAUAUUGGGUUUUCAGAGAAUCAAAAACGAAGAAGCGUGAACUUGAAGACAUUGGAUUUUGAAAUGAGACCGGAGCCUCCGAAUGGGUCCGCGGGCGUGCCGGAGAUCUUCGGCGGCGGGAUCUACGGCGCGAUCAGACGGGCAGUCGUGAUCGGAAAUGGCUUCCCCGGCGCGGAAAAUCAGUGUCUCGGUUUGGUUCGUGCUCUCGGCCUUUCAGGUCGGCAUUCUCUCUACCGGGUUUUGAGGCCACGGGGAGGGAUCAAUGAGUGGCUUCAUUGGCUCCCAGUUUCUGUUCACAAGAAAUUAGACCAUUUUAUCAGGCAAAUUUUUGGUGGUUCCGGCUUAAAAGUUGAAGGGAAGAAAGGGAUGCCUCUGCUGGGCAAGAAAAAUGGCUUAUUACACGUCUUAGAAGCUGAUGCAAAACAAAUUGCAAAAGUGGCACGGGAAACGUUUGAUCAGUAUGGCCCGUUGCUCGUAAUCGCAUCUGGCCGAGAUACAAUUUCGAUUGCCAGCUCUAUUAAACGGUUUGCUCCAGAAAAUGUAUUUGUUGUCCAGAUUCAACAUCCGAGAUCUCGGCUAGAUAGAUUUGAUUUGGUGAUUGCUCCUCGUCAUGAUUAUUACUCGUUGAAUCCUCAAGCACGACAACAGAUUCCUUGGUUGGUUCGCCGGUGGAUUACUCCUUGUGAACCUCCUGGAAAAAAUGUGGUUCUUACUGUUGGAGCUCUUCAUCAGGCUGAUUUUGCUGCACUUAGAAGUGCAGCUUCUGCUUGGCAUGAGGAACUGGCUUCUCUUCCAAAACCACUGCUUGUGGUUAAUAUUGGAGGCCCAUCAAGCAAUUGUCGAUACGGUGUCGAUCUUGCAAAGCAGUUAGCUACUAUGUUGCAAAAUGUUCUUUGGAGCUGUGGAAGUGUUCGGAUCUCGUUCUCACGUCGAACCCCAAAGAAGGUAUCCAAACUCUUGAUGGAAGAAUUCAAUACCCAUCCUAAAGUAUACAUUUGGGAUGGUGAAGGACCGAAUCCGCAUCUCGGGCACUUAGCCUGGGCUGAUGCAUUUGUAAUAACGGCUGACUCAGUAAGUAUGUUGAGUGAGGCUUGCAGUAUUGGGAAACCCGUCUACGUGAUUGGAGCGGAUCGAUGCACGUGGAAGUUUGCAGACUUCCAAAAGUCCCUGGCUGAACGAGGAGUAGUCAGACCGUUCACUGAUAUCAGGAAGUUGGAGCUACUCACCCCUAAACGACACUGCAGAGGCUGCAAAUCGGGUACAUUCAGCACUCGUCGCACGCGGGUGGAGAAUUCAUACAUGAUUGACAAUGUGAAGCUUAGCCUUGGCCAAACUCUGCUUGGAAUUUUUUCCAUCUCCAGGCAGUUUUUAAUGCAUUUAUUUAUUUACUUGCUGACCCCCUCUUUUUCGGGUUCUCAUGUCGAGCAUCUGUAACGUUUCUGCUUCUGUUCGAUUUCUUUUCGAAGCAUUUGAAAGCUGUUUACAGAAAUCAAGCAAUUGUAUUGUCCUGGAUUUGUGGGUAUUGUAAUCUUAUAUUGAGUGGUUUAUUGUUGUUUGA